AGUAGUUCCAGUGUCAAUAUUGCAUUGAGCCACCAUCGUCAUCAUGAAGGAGCUGUUGAUGUUGCUCGCGCUCGCGACCGCCAUGGUGGCGGUUCAGGCUUCUAGGGGAAGAGGUGAAUGCCAUGAGCUGAUGCACGAGGUGAUGCAUAAAGAAAACAUGACGGAAAUUAUAGGAAACUGUAUGAAGGAAAAUGGAAUUGUCCUAAACCUAGGCGGGCCUGGUCGACGACCCGGCGGCCGCAGAGGACGUAACAGGGGAAAGAGAAGUCCUCGUAUGAUGCGGUUAAUUUCAAGUCUUCCUCAAGAAAACCAGACAGCCCUAGCCGAGUGUAUCUUCGAGAAGGAAGACCUUCUCACAGAUGAUGGUUUGUUCGAUGCGACGACAUUCACAGAAGAAUUGGUCGCCAAGUUAGAAGAAGUAGAGCAAUCUCCGGAAGCAGUUGCUAUGUUGGCUGCCAUUGAGGACGGCACUUGUGUAGUCGAGGAGAGCGAACCUAGCCUGAUGCUGGUCUUCGAUUUCAUUAAGUGCCUCAAAGGUGUGUGUGGCUCAUCAUCUGAAGAAGCAUAACAGUGAACACGGAGAGAGCAAAGCAACGGUUACCAGAAAUCCUAUCUACGCUCCUUUCAAAUUGAUAAUUGAUC